GCCCUGGCGAGGGAAAUGGCAGCCCUACGGAGAGUCCCACGGGCCGCGGAGCCUGGCGGGCUGCAGCCACGGGGGUCGCAACGCAGGCAGACGCCGACACGUCAGAAGAGCGCGUCACUCAGGGCGUCCAGGGGCGCGGCCGAGUUCCAGGGCGGAAGUGCGGCCCACUUCAGGGCGGAAGUGCGGCCCACUUCCGCCCGCGUGCUCGGCGGCGUCUGUGGCGGCCGGGGGCGGCCCGCGUGCCGGGCAGCGCAGGCGGGGAGGGGGCGCCGUCCGCCUGGUUUCACCCCGGGAGGCGCUCGCGGGUCAGGCAGGCGUAUCGGGACGCGCGCGCCGGCGGCGCUUUUGAUCCUCGCGCUUCGGCCGCGCUUACCCGCGCAGCGUCCCUGCGCUCGCGCCUCCCCCGGAAGUGCUUUCCGUCCGUUCCGGCGAGCCCCGGGCUUCCGGCGCACGGCUGAGGCGGCUGCCGCUGCGAGGGGGCGUCGGCGGCCCGCACCGGCAGCGUUCCGCGGCACAGCGGUCUGGCCGGGCGCGGCGGAGGCGUCCGCCAUGUUCUCCUUCAACAUGUUCGACCACCCGAUCCCCCGGGUCUUCCAGAACCGCUUCUCCACGCAGUACCGCUGCUUCUCCGUGUCCAUGCUCGCGGGGCCCAACGACAGGUCAGACGUGGAGAAAGGAGGGAAGAUAAUUAUGCCGCCCUCAGCCCUCGACCAGCUCAGCCGACUUAACAUCACCUACCCCAUGCUGUUCAAGCUGACCAACAAGAACUCGGACCGAGUGACUCACUGCGGGGUGCUGGAGUUUGUGGCCGACGAGGGCAUCUGCUACCUCCCACACUGGAUGAUGCAGAACCUGCUGCUGGAGGAGGGCGGCCUGGUUCAGGUGGAGAGUGUCAACCUGCAGGUGGCCACGUACUCCAAGUUCCAGCCGCAGAGCCCCGACUUCCUGGACAUCACCAACCCUAAGGCCGUGCUAGAAAAUGCAUUGAGAAACUUCGCCUGUCUGACCACUGGGGACGUGAUUGCAAUCAACUACAAUGAGAAGAUCUAUGAGCUGCGGGUGAUGGAGACCAAGCCGGACAAGGCCGUGUCCAUCAUUGAGUGCGACAUGAACGUGGACUUCGACGCCCCCCUGGGCUACAAGGAGCCGGAGAGGCAGGCCCAGCACGAGGAGGCAGCCGAAGGCGAAGCUGACCACAGUGGCUACACCGGGGAGCUGGGCUUCCGCGCCUUUUCUGGCUCCGGAAACAGACUGGACGGGAAGAAGAAGGGGGUGGAGCCCAGCCCCUCCCCAGUCAGGCCUGGAGACAUCAAGAGAGGAAUUCCCAACUAUGAAUUUAAACUUGGCAAGAUCACGUUCAUCAGAAACUCACGUCCGCUGGUCAAAAAGGUUGAGGAGGAUGAAGCCGGAGGCAGAUUCGUUGCUUUCUCUGGAGAAGGACAGUCGUUGCGUAAAAAGGGAAGAAAGCCAUAAGCUGGGACUGUUGACUGAUUGGAAAAUAAAAUAAUUGCAACCUG